CCGCGGUGGCUGAUGGGAUUGCUCCACCGCUGGUGUGGACAUGUCCGCCAUGUUUUCCGCGGCUCAGGGAGCGGAGCAGCUCAGAGAACCGGCCUAUAUGUCCCGUUAACGCCGCCGGUGACCGGAGCCCCGGACAUCGAUGAGCUCUCCCGCAGCGGACUCACGGAUUCACGCCGGUAUCGUUGCGGGUUUGUGGCGGGAACUCACGGCUCCUUGGGAUCGUCGCUGAUUUGGCGCAAACAAUGAGUAAACUCUCGUUCCGGGCGCGAGCGCUGGACGCCGUCAAACCGCUGCCGGUUUACCGCCACAGGGACUUACCGGACCUGAGCGACUGCGUGUCCAUCAACCGGGCGGUGCCGCAGAUGCCCACCGGCAUGGAGAAGGAGGAAGAGCUGGAGCACCACCUCCAGAGGGCGAUCUCUGCUCAGCAGGUGUUCAGGGAGAAGAAGGAGAACAUGGUGAUUCCUGUUCCUGAAGCUGAAAGUAACAACACGUACUAUGAUCGACUGUAUAGAGGAGACGUCAAAGUUCCUAAACAGCUGAUCCACAUCCAGCCUCUGUCUCUGGACCUGGAGGAACCUGACUAUGACCUGGACUCUGAAGACGAGACGCUGAUGAACAGACUGAACAGAAAGAUGGAGAUCAGACCUCUGCAGUUUGAAACUAUGGUGGACCGACUGGAGAAGGCCAGUACUCACCAGCUGGUGUCUCUGUCGGAGGCAAAGCUGCUGCUGAACGAGGAUGACUACCUGCUGAAGUCUGUGUACGAUUACUGGUUGAGGAAGAGGAGGAACUGUCUGUGUCCUUCACUGAUUCCUCACAUCAAACAGGAGAAAAGAGACGGAUCCACCAACAACGACGCAUACGUGGCGUUCAGACGCAGGACUGAGAAGAUGCAGACCAGGAAGAAUCGUAAGAAUGAUGAGGCGUCGUACGAGAAGAUGCUGAGACUGAGGAGAGAAUUCAGUCGCACCGUCUCCAUCCUGGAGAUGAUCAAGAGGAGAGAAAAGUCCAAGAGAGAGCUGCUGCACCUCACCCUGGAGGUGGUGGAGAGGAGGUAUCAGAUGGGAGACUUCAAUGGAGACAUCCUCCGAGAGAUUUCACUCCCUCUGGUGGAGAAACCAGUGUACAGCACUCCAGUGACUCUGACUAAUGGGAACAGACACAAAACUGAGGCCAAGAUAAAGGUGUUUCAGGUGCAAAAGAAGCAGGAGUCUGUCAGAGAAGAGUUUCCCAUCGACCUGCUCAGACCAAAGAAGAAGAACGUCAGACGGGACAGAUUCUGUCCUCCGCAGAGACGUCUCACUCGACCUCCCGGUCCCUACACUGUCAACCAGGCCGACAUCAAACAGUACGACUUCCACAGCUCAGGAGAAGACGACGGUCCACCGCCUCCACUAUCGCCUCCGUCCUCGCCUGAUGAAGAGAAUAAUCCUGAUGGACUUUUUGUCUUCAGGAGAAAAGCAGGAUGUCAAUAUCUCCUUCCUCAUACGGAGCAGACGGGCGGAGACGAUCAUCCAGAGCUCCUCCCUCUGUGUGUAUGUCACUCCCUGACGGAACUGUCACUGCCUCCUCAUUGGACGGGACUGGGCCGUCGCAGGAUUGGACGAGGGGGCAGGAUCGUUCUGGACCGAGCCUCGUCACUUUUAGACCCGGUCCUGAAACAGCUGGACUCCAGAACGAGUCUCCACAGAGACCUAGUACCACUGGACCGGAAACCUCCCCUGAGCAUAGGAACUGCCCCCCCCUCGCUGACUGAAGUCCUAAACAACAUUCAGAACCUGCGGCGGUUCUGCUUCAGACCCAGACCCUGUCACGACCAGAGGGAAGGAGUCCCACUGGACGACAACAGACUCACCUGCCGCCUGACAUCUGCCUGUGGAUCAGCAGGAGGCAUCACAGAGGAGCAGUACCACAGUCAUCAACAGCAGCUGGUCCAGAUGCAGAAACAACAGCUGGAACAAAACAACACUGCUUCAUACAGACACACUGCACACAACACAACACAGGCGACUCGAUCAUAUGACUCCAGUUCAAAGACUCUGGAUUCUGCGAGCGCUCAUUUUGCAGCGUCGGCAGUGAUCAGUGCUCCGCCUCCUCACAUAAGCACUGAGAUCAAACCCUACAGGACCGUUGUGAAUGGAGUCCAUCCUUUAGGUCCUUCCAGGCCUCCGUACUCUUCCUCCUCGUCUCUCAGCAGGUCGGGGCUGUCAGCUCGAGGGUCAUUUUCUUCUUCCUCCUCCUCUUCCUCCUCCUCCCAUCAGUCCCUUCCCAACCCAAGGAGCCAGGUUGGGGCCGUCUCUCCUGCCCCCCCACACACUGCUCGACCCUCUGCCUUAAAACUCGCCACAGUCGCCGCCAGCCUGGACAGAGUUCCCAAAGUGUCCACUGGCAGAGACUCAAACGAAUCGGAGAGACGUCUGAACGGUUUGUCGGAGACGACGCUGCCCAUGGAGGUCACAUGACAUCAUAUCCCAUCAGCCCCAACUGCACCCUGUGUCUGACCAGUGAAUGUGACCUGCAGUGACCUCUACAAGAUGAUGACAUCAUCGUCUCUGAGUCCAAUCAGAACAUUUUACUGUUUAUAUUAUAAUUAUUGUUAUUGAUGUAACUGUUGUACAGUUUGUAAAUUGUCUCAUGUAAAAUAGUUUGUUUCAAUUUACUUUCUCAUGUGACUCCAGAAUCAUUUCUGAUUGGUCCAAAAAAAGUCCUGUAUCUUCCCUCUGAUUGGUCCAUGAUGAGUCUGUAUCUUCGCUCUGAUUGGUUAUUUAUUUCUCACAGUUCUUGUUUCUUUUAAAAAAGUUUUUUUUUAAGAUGAGACAUUGAUUUGUUUUCACAGAUUGAAGCAAUGUUUGUUUAUAUUUUUACAUGUGGCUCCUUGGCCUUUAAAUCACUGACACUCAUUCAAAUAAAAAUAUGCAUCUCGUAAAAUAAAAGCGAAUCUUCCGCCGUAA